AAAGUUAGGGGAACUAUAGCAAAGACAGCUGCUUUUAAUAAAAUGACGGUUACACAAGAUGAAGCGGGAGAUUUCGGCAAAAAUAGUGACUGCUAUGAACAAUACCACUGCCCCUGGAAAAAAAUUCGUUUUGCCAGAGAAUGGAAGCAACGAGAACAGCUUCAAAAAGGAAAAGAACCAGAAUCAUUUAGCGCUGAACAUCAGACGCAAACAGUAGCGUCUGAAAAAUUAGGAACGAAUGAUGUGAAAACGGAAGGGGCCACCUCAAAGCUGAUAUUUGAUGAAGUAGUAGCUAGAUCUGAAUGUAUUUUGUCUGAACAUACGCAAAAAGAGAUCACUGUAAUUCUCCAGCAACAGCAACAGCAACAGCAACAAUUUCAGCAAAAUCGACGAGACAGUUCCGAUAGCAAUUCUUCCCUCUUAAGCAAUUCAAGCAGUCAAUCAUCCACAUAUGUUAUACCUACUUUUUGCACUUGUACUCCGCAGCAGUUGAAGCAACAAGAAGACGAUAGUGGAAAUCCUUCAUCUUGUCAAUGUAGGGAUUCUAAUUUGCAGGACAACGAAUCGGGCUGUGACGAUGAACUGUGCGAGGUUCACUGCAGAUCACAAAAACAAACGCAAAGUGAACAAUCGACUAUGAAUGAUCUUUGUCAGAGAUUCGAUGAAAACUUAGAAACUUUCAUAAAAUUUUCCACUGAGGCUGGAACCGACUGCAGUCCAAAUGACGAAUCAAUACAUUCAUGCUUGAAAAAUAUUUCAUGUCAUGACUCUACAUUGGGAAAGACAGCCAGUGAUACGGCCAACCCUGAUGGAUUUUUCCGACGAUCCAUUCAACAAAAAAUUCAAUAUCGUCCUUGUACAAAAAAUCAGCAAUGCAGCAUUUUACGCAUAAAUCGUAAUCGUUGUCAGUAUUGUCGGCUGAAAAAAUGUAUUGCAGUUGGAAUGAGUCGUGAUGAUACAGAUGAAUGCAUCAGAUGCCUUAAUUCCCCGAAUUAUGCUGGGUAAUGGAUAUUGUAUUAAAAAUAAGCAUGUCUAAACAUACAUAUUCAUAGGUACUUGUAUUUGAUACACAUAUUUAUGAAUUUAUGUAUGUAUGUAUGUACUAGGGUUGUUAAUUUUUCAGCUUUUUCCGA